AUGGCGACGUCGAGUAUCCGAUCGAGAGCUCUGGGAUUGAGCCGACGAGCUCGGUUUGAGAAUACUCGCCUUCCACUUAUCGGGCGCCGUUAUAAAUCCGGCGAGACUCUCAACCGAAUCUCCUCGAAAAUCACACAACCCAAAUCACAGGGUGCCUCACAAGCCAUGCUCUAUGCCACCGGCCUCACAGAGGAGGACAUGUCGAAGCCGCAGGUCGGUAUCUCCUCGGUGUGGUUCGAGGGUAAUCCAUGUAACAUGCACUUGAACGACCUGUCCAGGAUCGUGCGUGAUUCCGUCCUCCGGGCGGGCCUAGUCCCUAUGCGAUUCAACUCGGUUGGAGUGUCAGACGGUAUCAGUAUGGGCACAGCGGGAAUGAGAUACAGCUUGCAGAGUCGGGAGCUUAUCGCCGAUGGCAUUGAGACGGUGAUGAAUGCCCAGUGGUAUGAUGCGAAUGUGUCGCUACCGGGCUGCGAUAAGAAUAUGCCGGGUGUGUUGAUGGCAAUGGGGCGCACGAAUCGGCCUAGUAUCAUGGUCUAUGGCGGCAGCAUCAAGCCUGGAUGCAGUGCAAAGGGCCAAAAGCUGGACCUGGUCAGCGCGUUCCAGUCGUAUGGACAGUUCAUCACCGGCCAGAUCGACGAGACGGAGCGGUUCGAUAUCAUUCGCAAUGCAUGCCCCGGCAAAGGCGCCUGUGGUGGCAUGUACACUGCCAACACGCUAGCGACGGCCAUUGAGACUAUGGGUAUGACCGUUCCUGGUAGCAGCAGUUGUCCAGCAGACGAUCCCAAGAAGCUGGUCGAAUGCGAAAACAUCGGUGAGGUGGUUAAGCAAAUGCUCAGGGAAGAAAUCAAGCCCAGGGAUAUCAUGACACGUCAAGCAUUUGAGAAUGCAAUGAUUGUGGUCAACGUGCUGGGUGGCAGCACCAACGCUGUUCUGCAUCUGAUUGCUAUUGCGGACUCCGUCGGUAUCAAGUUGACUAUCGAUGACUUCCAAGCCGUGUCUGACAAGACACCGUUCCUGGCUGACUUGAAGCCAUCUGGAAAAUAUCUUAUGAACGACCUGUACAACAUCGGUGGCACGCCAGCACUCCUCAAAUACCUUCUGAAGGAGGGCCUGAUUGACGGCUCAGGAAUUACUGUCACUGGCAAAACCAUGAAGGAGAAUGUAGCCUCAUGGCCCGACUUCCCUGCCGACCAGGACAUUAUUCAACCCCUCAGCAAACCUAUCAAACCAUCUGGUCAUCUCCAGAUUCUUCGCGGGUCCUUGGCCCCGGGCGGUUCCGUGGGUAAGAUUACUGGCAAGGAGGGUCUUCGAUUCGAGGGCACAUCCAAGUGCUACGACUACGAAGAUGCAUUUAUUGAGUCCCUUGAGCGGGGCGAGAUCAAGAAGGGCGAGAAGACAGUUGUCAUUAUCCGGUAUGAAGGUCCCAAGGGUGGUCCGGGAAUGCCUGAGAUGCUUAAGCCCAGUGCGGCCAUCAUGGGUGCCGGUCUUGGCCAGGACGUUGCGCUUCUCACGGAUGGGAGAUUCUCUGGUGGUAGUCACGGAUUCUUGAUCGGACAUAUCGUGCCUGAAGCCCAGGAGGGCGGCCCGAUCGCGCUGGCACGAGACGGUGAUAGGAUCGUGAUUGAUGCUGAGGAAAAAGUGGUUGAUCUGGAUGUCCCGACUGAAGAGCUCGAGAAGAGGAGGAAGGAGUGGAAAGCACCCCCGCUCAGAUACCAGAAGGGAACUUUAAAGAAGUAUUGCGCCCUGGUCAGCGAUGCCAGCCAUGGUUGUGUAACAGACGGACCGAUCUAG